CGAUGUCUAUUGGCUGGGUAAAUGCACAGUCACUAAUGAGAACAAAGUCUCCAGUCAUCAGUGCAUCGCCUUUCUUCCUUUUCAAUGAGAACAAAUCCCUAAUCUCUUCUCUAUUAACCAACCAGCAACCAUAAAAGUGGCGACGAUCAGUUCAGUCUUCACUCCAGUCAUCAGUGCUCACGGCCGAGUAUUUAAUCGGUUCAUUUGUCGGUGAGAAGACGUUUCCUAUAGAUUCUCUCCAUGAAACCUGCAAUCUCUUCGGCAUCUGGCGAAGAUUUUGAUUCACUUAUCAUGGUGUUUGCAAGAGUGUGUUUCGAAUUCUGCUGCACCUUCGGAGGUUUAUGCGAAGGCUGUUAAUGCAGUUCACAUUUCAUCUGUUUUUUUGAAGUACUUAAUUGAAAAUGCUCAAAGCAAUAAUAGCAUCGAGGAGUUGUAUUUGUCAUUGAAUGUAAGCGAACCAGCACCUAAUGAUUUCAACACAGGUAUUUCAUUGCAAGUGCGGAUCAAAACAUCGAAAAUCUUGUCAUGCAUAGUGUACUUUUGUUCCAUGCUCUGUUGAAGUAAGUUCAAACACAUACCUUCUGGCUUCUACAUCACGAGUUGCUCAAUUUCAUGCUUAUUGUAAUGUCAACCCAACUUCUCUACUGACCAUCUCUUGGACCAAGUGACACAAACCCUUUUAUUGAUGCAGCCAUGGUUCAGGUUUUACUGAAUUCUAGCAAAACUAGCUUCUGCAAUUCAGCUUCUUUGGCUGCAACCUCACCGCUGUUUAAAUUUCAAAUCUUAACUUCAAAUUACAGACGAUUUACUGCUAUAGCGGGUGAGAUUCCAAUGAGGAGUUACCAAGUUGUGGUGGCUGCUACUCGAGAUAUGGGGAUUGGAAAGGAUGGAAAGUUACCUUGGAGAUUGCCUUGUGAUCUCAAGUUUUUCAAGGAGAUUACACUGGCCACAUCGGAUCCUGGGAAACAAAAUGCAAUUUUGAUGGGUAGGAAAACAUGGGAAAGUAUUCCUAUCAAGUACCGACCUCUUCCGGGUCGAUUGAAUGUGGUCCUGACUCGGAGUUUUGAGAUUGAAGAUGAAGAAAAUGUUAUUACAUGUGGGAGCAUUUCCUCAGCUUUGGAAUUGUUAGCUGAAGCUCCCUAUUGUUUCUCAAUUGAUAAGGUUUUUGUCAUAGGAGGUGGCCAGAUAUUGAGGGAAACACUUAAUGGUCCAGGAUGUGAUGCCAUCCAUGUUACGGAGAUUGAGACGAGUGUUGAAUGUGAUACGUUCAUUCCAAGUAUUGAUUUUUCUAAGUUUCAGCCUUGGUAUUCGUCUCCACCAUUGGUUGAAAAUGGCAUUCGAUAUUCUUUUGUAACUUAUGUUCAUGUGAGGAACUCUGAGAAUGAAACUAUUGCUGGAAAGACUGGUGGAAAGUGUAAUGACGGUAAAUCGAAUUCUAAUAGGUUUGAGGUAAAGGAUUUCUCAUUUCUUCCGAAGAUGAUUUUUGAGAAACGUGAUGAGUACAUGCAUCAUACAAGCAGUACAAAAUAGUUUAUUUACAGAUCCAAUUUAUUGCAGGAAGCUAUAUUGAAGUUCCAAGUUCUCUGAGAUAUGUCAGUUGUAAUAUUUUAAAGAUAUUAAUGUUUUGUUGCAGUUGAUAGUUUGACUGCUGAUUGGUUUGAUUAAUGAAACUAUUUCGUUCAUAAAAAAGAAAUGUAUGUAAGACUGGCUGAAGAAAUUAUCUCUAGUGGCAGAUGACAAGGCAGGAUGAUUAACCUGUCAAAUCUUAACCACCUUCAAUGUAUCCUUCUGGUUUUCGUUUUCA